AUGAAGUUAUUUACCCUUAUGUUUUUUUCUCUAUCUCAGCAAGAGAAGGAACAGCAAUUUAUCGCUUACAUUUGGGUUGAUGUGUCAUGGUUUGAUGAAUUUAUUUCAUGGGAUCCCACUGAAUUAUGUGGUAUUAGUUCAGUUAGUAUUCCUGCUAAAUCCGUGUGGACACCAGAUCUGACCAUUGCAGAGAUGACAGAGAAGGACAAGGCUGCUCAGAGCCCAUAUCUUAUCAUAAUGAACAAUGGUAGGGUCUGGCUGAGGAACGACAUGGUGGUCGUCAGCAGUUGCAAGAUGCAGGUUUUCAAAUUUCCCUUCGACACUCAGAGAUGCAACCUCACCUUCAAGUCUGUCAUACACUCUGACAAUCAAAUGAGGCUUGAGCAGCUCAGUGCUGAUAAAGGGAUUGAAAAGUGGUCUCUUGAGAUGAUGAAGACCCAGUCAGAGUGGAUUUUCAAAAACAUGACAUAUAUCAAAGAAACUGUUGACAAUUUUGGUGUCAACCAAAGCACGAUCGUCUAUACUAUCACCAUGAAGAGGCGCUCUGUCCUCUACAUUAUCAACUUCAUACUUCCCAUCGUGUUGUUCUUGUUUCUGGACUUGGCCUCCUUCCUGAUCUCAGACAGUGGAGGAGAGAAGCUCAGCUUUAAGGUCACUGUGCUGCUUGCUGUCACAGUGAUGCAGCUCAUUCUGAAUGAAAUUCUGCCGUCUACUUCUGAAAAGAUCCCACUUAUAGCAAUGUACUGUAUUGGCACAUUUGGGUUGAUGAUGCUGAGCCUCCUGGAGACGAUCUUGGUGAUGUAUCUGAUGGAGAAGGAUUCUGCAUCCCAAAACAGAGAAACAGAUAAAGGCCGAUGUCUGAGUGAGGACUGUGAGGACAAACCGUGUAAAGGCAAAUUCCAUAAAUGUUUACAAGCUGCCAGCAGCUACCAUGACCUGUCACCAUAA